AUGGCACGAGCGUGCAAUCCCGACUAUGUCAACGCACAAUGGGCCUUCUACCGAUUUGAGCCCUCGACGGCGGCUGCGAUCUUCUUCUGCGUGGCCUUUAUCUUGACUACUGCGCUGCACCUAUUUCAGAUGAUUCGCACAAAGACGUGGUACUUGACUGCGUUUGUCAUUGGCGGUUUCUGCGAGUUAAUCGGCUAUGCUGCCCGCGCGAAGAACACGAUGGAAGACCCUGGCUGCUGGACCCUCGGACCGUACAUCAUCCAGAACGUCCUGCUCCUGAUUGCUCCGGCCUUGAUGGCAGCCUCGAUCUACAUGAUUCUCGGUCGGAUCAUCAUGUUGACGGAUGGAGAGAGCCAUGCGCUGAUCAAGAGGCGCUGGCUCACCAAGGCUUUCGUCUCUGGCGACGUGCUGUCUCUGCUUCUCCAAUCCAGUGGUGGUGGAAUGAUGGCGGCUGCCGGAGAGGGCAACAACUUCAUGGAGAUUGGCGAGAAGACCAUCAUCGUCGGUCUCUUCGUUCAGCUCUUUGUGUUCGGCUUCUUCAUCGUCACGGCCGCACUCUUCCAUCGUCGCAUGGCUCUUGUGCCCACAGCCAAAGCCCACCAACCCGAGAUCCGGUGGAAGUACUACCUCCUGACGCUGUAUAUCACCAGUGUCCUGAUCUGGGUGCGAAGCGUCUUCCGCGUGAUCGAGUACCUCCAGGGCAACAAGGGAGAGCUUAUGACGACGGAGGUGUACAUUUACAUCUUUGACGCGACGCUCAUGUUCCUCGUCAUGGUAUGGAUGAACUGGUUCCACCCCAGCGAGAUCGGCCUCCUGCUCCGUGGCGAGCCGCCCAUCAAGAACGGGUUGGAGCUGAUGAAGAUGGGUGGCAACUUCCGAAAGAUGCAGCACGAGAACAGCAGCAUGAGCGUGUAA